AACCCAACUCAGCCAGGGGCCUCUGCUGGCGCUGCCUGGCCCUGUGCUGACUGGCUGCUGCAAGAGGCAGAAGCCCAGCGCACGCAGGCCCGCCCAGGACUGAAGUUCGUUUUGCAGUGUGCUGUUUCUGAAGCACAUGGAGCUGCCUCGCCGGUCCAGCAUGCACCAGAGCGUCAACAAGGGGAAGUAGACGCCCAGCCGCCUUCCUAUUAUGGCCUGCGAGCACCAGACAGACCCUGGCGGGGCAGUCGGCCCCUUGCCCGCCUCCUCCCCUGGCUGGAGCGCCCUGCCUGGGGUUAGCCCCCCUGGCUGGGGGCAAGAGCUCCACAACGGCCAGGUGCUCACAGUUCUCCGGAUCGACAAUACUUGUGCACCCAUCUCAUUCGAUCUGGGAGAUGCCGAAGAACAGUUGCAGACCUGGGGGAUUCAGCUCCCUGCUGAUCAGUACAGGAGCUUGGCUGAGAGCGCCCUCCUGGAACCCCAAGUGAGAAGAUACAUCAUCUACAACUCCAGGCCCAUGCGGCUGGCCUUCGCCGUGGUUUUCUACGUGGUGGUGUGGGCCAAUAUCUACUCCACCAGCCAGAUGUUCGCGCUGGGGAACCAUUGGGUGGGCGUGCUGCUCGUGACUCUGACCGCGGUGACCCUGACCCUGACUCUCCUGCUCAUCUUCGAGAGGCAGCAGAGGAAGGCCAACACCAACACUGACCUGAGGCUGGCUGCUGCCAACGGAGCCCUCCUGCGACACCGGGUGCUGCUGGGGGUCACGGACACGGUGGAAGGCUGCCAGAGCGUGAUCCAGCUCUGGUUUGUCUACUUCGACUUGGAGAACUGUGUGCAGUUCCUGACGGACCACGUGCAAGAGAUGAAGACUCACCAGGAGUCCUUGCUGAGAAGCAGGUUGAACCAGUUGUGCGUUGUCAUGGAGACCGGGGUGAGCCCCAGCACAGCGGAGGGGCCCGAGGACAUGGUAGAGGAAGCCCCUCUCCUGCCCAGUAGCCCAUGUCCCUCCGAGAGGCCGCUCAUGCAGACUGAACUCCGUCAGCUGGUUCCCGAGGCCGAGCCAGAGGAAAUGGCCCGGCAGCUGUUGGCGGUGUUUGGCGGCUACUAUAUCCGGCUCCUGGUCACCCACCAGCUCCCCCAGGCAGCAGGGACUCGGCACACGGACUCUGAGAGGACUCCAUGCCCCUGCCAACUCAUAGAGGCCCACAUCCUGGGCCCAGGGUGCUGCCCGUUCCUGGCCAGGUGACCCAGGGGUUAGCAGGACUAUCCGGAGAGGACUGAUCCCGACUGACCCGAGAGCUGCUUUCGUUUGAAGACAGAGGAGACAGCAUGGGGGAUACCCAAACAGUGUCAGUGAAUGCUGUCAUCAUCCUGCUCACGUCCAAGUCCCAGCCUUGACAGGGCCUCUCCACACCUGCUGGCUCCUGGCCUUUUCAGAAGUGGAUGGCCGCCAACCGGUCCCCCUUCAAGCUGCCUUUUGAGCUUCUUAGAGCCCUGGAUGCGGAUGAAAGGGCUGGUCUCCCAGCCCUCUCGAUGCACAGAGGGUACAGGAGACAGACUGAUGGCCACUGGAGGGAGCGUAGCCGUCUGAAGUCCACUCUCCGAUGAUGAUGUCAUCUCCAACCCCUCUGUUCAGAAGGGGGAAACUGAGGCUCAGCAGGGGUCUUCCAUUUAAGGCAUGGCCUCGGGCCUCUAAAAUGAUAUUUCUCCCCAAUCGGAAGAAAGGAAAUUCUCAGGCUUUCCUCCAUUGUAGGGUUUUCUUUCCCAUCAGAAACAAGGACACCUCUGCUGGGGUCCGCUGACACACAUAUUUGCCAGAGAUGGAGGAAAGACAGAACCCAAUGGCAGGUGGCCAUGAACAGGGAUGCCCAGUAAAGGGUAAUCCUGCUGUCCUGGCGAUCUUGUCUUUGUUCAAAAGCACACCCUCGGGGGUUGCUGCAGCUUAGCUCUCUAGAAACCAGGGAUGUUAGUUUUAGGUCAGCAGCUUCCUAGCUGUGUGGCUGUGGCCAGGUCACCCAACCCCUCUGAGCAUCCAUUUUCCUCUUUACAAAAAUCAGUCUGGGGAUCAUGAGAGGUAGGACAAGGUGACAUGCUCUGUCAAGGAGGGGCCUGACUGUUCACCGUCCUGUGCUGGGCCAGCCCCGCCCGGGAUGUGGCCGUGGUCUGGAUGUAUCUUCAGCCUAUAUGCCGGGCGAUUUUAAUCACCAAGAGUUUAUUCCUGGCAGCCACUAGGGUCUUUCUGAUCUGGCACAGAGCAAAUGGUGCCUGUGAACCAGAUCACACUAAGCCUCUAUUUGUCAUCUACUUAACAUCCGCUCCCCCUCCCCCCAUGUAGAAUAAGCGGAAUAAAAAUGUGUUUGCAAAAUGA